AUGUCAUUUGGCGGAAACCAUAGUCUUGCUCUUCUAGAAGAUGGAACUUUAAUUGGCUCUGGUUCAAAUAGUGAGGGCCAACUUUUUUGCCAAAAGGAUUUCAAGCAGUUACCUGCUUUUGUGCCCAUCGAAAGCGUACACAAUGUGGAAAUUAGACGGAUAGCAUGUGGCUGGGAAUUCAGUGUGGCUGAAAACGUAGAUGGUGAAAUUAUAGUUUGUGGUUAUGGACCAAACGGUGAACUUGGAUUAGGAAAGGAGUCAAGAUUAGAUACCAAUACUUGCCUCUUUGGGAAACUACCCUUUAACACCAACUCUAAGGGUGGAAUAAAACAGCUUUGCACAUCAAUCCAUUCUGUAAUAGUAGUGUUUAAUAAUGGAGAGGUUUAUGGAUGGGGAAACAAUAAGCGAGGCCAGCUUUUUGCGCAUAAUGGGGAUCGAAAGUUGAAACAGGUACGUGAGCCACACAAAAUCGAAUUUCCGGGAAACCGACGGGUGGUUGCAGUCUGUAUGGGUCGGGAUUUUACCGUUUUCAUGACCACCGAUAAGGAUAAUGAGCUACUAAUUCCAAUUUUUAGAGGCAAGGACAAUUUUAACAUUGAAUCUGGGCUCAGAAAGUUGAAAAUCGACCGGGAAUACUUUGUAUGGAUGCAUGCCACCUGGACCUCGGUUCAGAUAUUAACGAGAGACAAUCACAUCUUGUCAAUUGGUAGUAAUACCAAAUGCCAGCAUUUUCCGGAGAUGACAAACAGCGACGCAUCGAUCGACUUGGCAGCUGUUGGAAGCGAGCAUGGCGUUUGUACACUUGUCAAUGAAAGCAGAAGUAAAGCAUACGCCUGGGGCUGGGGAGAGCAUGGAAAUUGUGGAAAGACUUUUGAAAAUACAGUCACGGAUGAAAAACCUGCAAAAGACACUUUUGAUCAUCUCAACGCAAUAUAUGAAACACAGAACAACGAAAAGAUUACCAGAGUAUUUGCAGGUUGUGCCACAUCAUUUGUAGAAGUCGAAAGAGACAACAGAAAGGAGAAAUAA